CACAAUAAAAACAUACACCUUUAUUCAAAGUGACAUUUCUCCAGAACACACUGAACAUUCAAAUUUCCAUUUCUCCAAAACACUGAACAUUCAACUAUGAAACUUCUCUCUUGUCUAGUGCUUUACUCCCUCCUGUGUGGAUUCUCUGCUCUUCAGCGCGCAGAUAAAGAACCUCAUUUUGCCGCCCUUAGUGCAGUCCCCAGGUGCCUGUGCCAUAAACCCAUCAACCACAUUCACCAAAUAUUCAUUCGCUCUUUUGAGAUUAACAUGCCAAAUGAAUACUGCAAAUUUAAAGAAAUCAUAUUAACCUUGAAAGAUUCCAGACUUGUAUGUUUGAAUAGACAGAAAAAGAUGGGAAAACACUUGAUCCGUUGCUAUAAUAGGCAUUUAAGCAAUGAUAAGAAGCUGAUGCAAUGCAUGAAAAAGUUUUUUAAAAAGAAGAGUUCAAAAGGAAAAAGAAAAUCCAAAAUACAUUCUGGUGGAUCCACUUGAUCUGUAAAUUUCAUUAAAAACCCAUCUGAACCAUGCAGACUACCUGGAAUGGUAUUUAUAAAGCAUGCUCACUUGUUUUUAAAAUCUAUCUCCAUAAGGGCUUCUGCACUUUUCUUACAUCAAUGUCCAUUUCAAAUAACAGAAAGAAAGAAAAUACUAUUUUGGAUGGCUCACUCCAGAUACUUUUUCAUUUUUUUUUGCAUUCUAUUGUUUUGAUAGAUUAGAUUUUUAUUUAAAGUGUUUUUUAAAACGUCAUUUUGUGAAAGGACUUUGAGAAAGACUAAAAUGUGCUGUGACUGUGCGUUACAAAGCCAAUGGGAAACACAAUUUAAGAGAAUUGACACUUUUUAUACACUGUCUAGCUUCUGUUACAGGGCUUAGUGCCAAAACCUUGCUUUGCUAGAUGAUUCAUAAUGAAAAAAUAUUUGCAAAUAUAUAAACUGACGUGUACACAAAAACUGUUUCUGUUACCUUAAUAUUUUCUUUUCUGUUUGUUUCGAUUACAUUACUUCCUGUAAAGGCUCUCAGCCAAGAAAGCAGUCUUUCUAUCAGGAUUCACCAGGAAACUAUCUACUUCCUCUAGUUAGUGAAAACAUUACAUGAUGCUUUAUUACCUAAGAUUAUGGUGACUGCUGAUCAGUAUGGUAUUUGUCUGCAUAUUUAAAUAGUUUUCCGGAUAAUGGAUCUUUAUGUAAUUUGGAUCUUCAUACCUUAGGUCUGCUAGAAAAUCAUGUAAACAUUAA